AUGAUCUCAACUUGCAAUGACAGUCAUAGGGACUUUAUUCUGCGAGGCUUCUCUGACAAGCCAUAUUUAGAGAAGGUACUAUUUUGGGUCAUUUUGAUCUUUUAUUGUUCAACUCUUGCUGGAAACAUGGUCAUCAUCCUGGUUUUCUUGAAGGAACCAAAACUUCAGACCCCCAUGUACUUCUUUCUUUCCAACCUUUCCAUACUAGAUCUCUGCUUCACCAGCAGCUGCAUUCCUCAGAUGUUGGUUAAUUUGGGGAGUCCAAAGAAGACCAUCAGCUAUAUUGGCUGUGCCACACAACUGUACAUCUUCUUAUGGCUUGGAGCAACUGAGUGUAUCCUUCUUGUUGUCAUGGCUGUGGAUCGCUAUGUAGCAGUAUGUCACCCACUGCAAUACACUGCCAUCAUGCCCCCCAAAGUAUGUCUACAGCUGGCUGUCCUUGCGUGGGUUACUGGCCUGGUUCAGUCUCUCAUACAGUCCUCUGCUACCCUCAGAUUGCCCUUUUGCUCCCAUGGAGUAGUAGAUGACAUUGUGUGUCAAGUUCCAUCCCUGAUUCAGCUCUCCAGUGCAGACACCACCUACAAUGAAGUCCAAAUGUCUGUAGCCAGUGUUAUUCUCCUAGUGAUACCCCUGACUAUCAUCCUGUUAUCUUAUGGUGCUAUUGUGAAGGCUGUGCUAAGGAUAAAGUCAACUGUGGGGCAGAAUAAAGCCUUUGGCACCUGCACAUCUCACCUUCUUGUGGUCUCCCUCUUCUAUGGUACCGUCACGGGUAUCUACCUUCAACCUAAGACACACUAUGUUCAUGAACAAGGAAAAUUUCUCACCCUUUUCUACACUGUUGUAACUCCAACUCUUAAUCCCCUUAUUUAUACCCUGAGGAACAAGGAAGUAAAAGGAGCACUGAUAAGAUUAGGAAAGAGAGCUUGGGAUUCCAAGAAUAACUAA